AUGUCCAGGUACGCUGCCAGCCAAGCACCGAGACUCCAGUCUGGCCCCGGAGUCGGCAUCGACACACUCUCCUCCAGCGUCGCAACCUUCUACCAUGACGCGCUUCCAUGGUCUCCUCAGUUCCUAUCCCUUCAGGAGGCCUUACAGGUCGUGUGUCUGAACCAUGCCCGCGGCAAGGUGUCUGAUGCCGAUCUCCCUCAGAACUACCGUGGCCCGUCCUUCACACCCGUCAAGUCCACCGAGGCUCGCUUUUGCUGUAUUACCGGGGUCGCCUUUCAGGACGAAGGAAACGGUCCUGAGACAUAUGGCUAUGUUGUCGAAAAGGGUGACCUCAGCUAUGUCCUGCAGCCCGAGCCGACCGACACUAACCCGCCCGUUGAUAGGCCCAAGGCAAUCAAGACAUACGAAGUUUGCGUUAAGGCUAACUCCAAAACGCAGUACCUCGUUCGUCCGAAUGACCUUCCUUCCCCUGAAGACUGCCCAAAGUCCUGCCGAGAGCUGUAUGGGAGAGCUGUCGGCUCCGUCUACGGCAAGCAGACGCCUGUGCCUCUGAUCACCCAGUCUCCCUUGCCGCAGCCCCCUACUGCCAGCACCAUCUUGCAUGGUGACGAGUUUUGUAGGCCUCUGGACAACACCAUUACCACGGUUUCCUGCAGGGUACCCCGCUUUAUUGGUUUGGACUUUGGCGUCAAGCAGAUCCAAGACUUUGUCGUUGUCGAGUUUUCCUUGAUUUCGGGCGAGUGGCAAGAGGACGACCGUCAUUACAGCAUCCCUGUCUCUGUCGACGAUCAAUGCUACCCCCUCAAUGUCGCCCAUCUGUCGUACACUAUCUUCAGUCUGCGUGGAAGCGUCCUCUCCAGUUACUGGGCCAGCGGCAUUGCAAGCAAUGUUCCUGGAGAGCCUGCCUCUCUGUCCUGCAAGAACGACGACAGCCAUGCUCCUGCUCUACACAAGGACCUUUCCCGUCUUCCGACAUCCGACAAAAAGCGACCAAGGACGGAUGUGCAACAGGCCCAGCGCAGGAAGAAGGAUCCCCAAGAAACGACCCCUCCUUCGACCAAGAACCGCAAAGUGUUGCCUAGAGACUUGAACCCCUCCCCACCUCCGUCGGCGGGGAUCAAUUGCGACCUGUGCCACAAGGCCUUUGCAAGUCGCAAGAGCCUGAAUGCCCAUAUGCCGAGCCACGACGAGAACCGCCCAUCCUUUGCGUGCGAUGCCUGUGACAAGACGUUCACCAGACCAAGUGAUAUGGAUCGACACAAAGUGUCGAGCCACAACAACAUGAAAUGUCCCUGCGAGCACUGUGGCCGUUUGUUGUCCAGAGCUGACGGCCUCCUCAGUCACCAAAGAACCUGCCGUAGCAAACCCCAGUAG